CGAGAGAGGGAGCAGAGGAAGCUGUUUACGUUGUGAACCACUCUCAGAUUUAGAGUCACUCAGCUGCUCUACAACAGCUGUCUCGCUUUACAGACAGUUUUUGUCCACUGAACCGUUAGCCUACCAGUUUGCGCUGUAACACACAGCCAUGCUUUUGACGCACAGGUGAACUUAAAAGGAAAGUGUUGUAAGACUGAAACAAAGCGCAUCUCAUCUACUCUCCUCCACGUUAUUCUUUCCAAAUUGCUCGGAGCAGGAACAGGUUUACCAGAGCCAUGUCCAGGAAGAAGGCAGUGAAAGGCAAAGGCAGCUCCAAGAGCCCCAAGGCGUCACCGAGCAGCGGCAGGACGGGCAAAGGUUUGGCCGCCGCAGCUGCUCCGUCCUCCGGGCUGGUUUAUCCCAGCAGACCGUCCCUCAGCAACAGCGGAGAGUUUUAUGACAUCGCCUUCAAGGUGAUGCUGGUGGGGGAUUCAGGUGUUGGGAAGACCUGUCUGCUGGUUCGCUUCAAAGAUGGUGCCUUUCUAGCCGGGAGCUUCAUCUCCACAGUGGGCAUCGACUUCAGGAAUAAAGUAAUGAGCAUUGAUGCUGUGAAGGUCAAACUGCAGAUUUGGGACACUGCUGGACAGGAGCGUUUCCGGAGUGUCACACAUGCUUAUUACCGCGAUGCUAACGCUCUCCUCCUUCUCUAUGAUGUCACUAAUAAAGCAUCCUUCGACAACAUCCGGGCAUGGUUGACAGAGAUCUAUGAGUACGCCCAGCAGGACGUGGUCGUCAUGCUGCUGGGCAACAAGGCUGACUCAACACAUGAAAGGGCGGUGAAGCGAGAAGAGGGAGAGAAACUGGCAAAGGAGUUUGGGGUGCCCUUCAUGGAGACAAGUGCAAAAUCUGGACUGAAUGUGGAAUUGGCCUUCACGGCAGUGGCCAAAGAACUGAAGCACAGGACCAUGAAGGAGCAGGAUGAGCCAAAGUUUCAGCUGAAGGAGUAUGUCGAUAAAGAAAUGAGGACUGCUGGCUGCUGCCGCUCGUAGACCACAUCCUAUGUGUGUGUAUGUGUGCUUGUGCGAGAGAGACAGAGAGAAUGAGAGAGAGAGAGUACAUUCUAUUAGAGUAGUAAUAAGUAGCUGGUGAAAUUCUCAGUGUUUGUAUCUAUUUCUAUAUAGUGGUGAUAUGGCCAAUAUGCUCUCUCUCCCAACCCACCUUUCCUCUGCAACUGUGAAUGUAAUAUAAUUCCUAUCUAAAUGCAUGUACUCACACACACACACACACACACACACACACACAUGUUUGUAAGUUUACUUCACAGCCUGUUCAAUCCAUUUUUCCACAAGUGUGAUGUAAAUAUUUUAAAUGUUUACAUUUUAAUUUUGUGCUCUGAAACUUUGUAGUAGUAGUAAACAAAAGAAUAUACACACAAAUAUAUUAAAUAUUAAAUCAAUCUUGUUAAAGUAAUGGAAAUAAAUAGAUCUAUCAACACAUUUGUACAGAUACACUAUUGCAACUAAAUGGCACUGUGUGCUGUUUAUGUACAGGAUAUCACCUGAUAACUGUUUUUAAUACUUGUACUCAUGAUCAUGACUAUCAUUAUACUGAUGUGUCUGUGAAAUUUAAUUCGAGGUUUGAGUUAAAAGCUGAUAUGUGAAGCAUUUUAACACAAAAAACUAUCAGACCAUAUUAAAUGUAAAAAACAACAUCAUCAGCAAAAAGUCUGAAGGCAAUCAUUGACCUCUACUCUGCGUUUUACAGAUGUGGGGACGAAUCAGUCAUAUUGCUUUAUGGCACGAAACAUGAAAAGGGUCCCAUUCUUCCAUUGGAAUCACUUCUAGCACUGAUUCCUUGAGAAAGGGAAGGAAAAAUCCAUACUUGAUUUAAAAGGGGGGGGAAAAAUGAAACAAAUUUAAAUUUGUCCACUUAAGAGUACUUUUUCUGGAGCUUUCCACCACAUGUCACUUUCAUCAUCAGCACUUGAUCUUCUGAUAAAGACCGGAUCAACUCAUUUAACUAUACAAUACAUAUUUAAUAUUCAAUGCUGAUGGAAAACCCUGAGAUGUGGUUGCAAGCUUCAGAUUAACCUAGUAAGUGGACUUUGAGGGGUUGAAUAAUGCUGGUAGAGAUUAUCUAUUAUUCACCACUUUUUGUACAUACAAAAUACAUUUCUAACUAUUGUAUAAAUGUUUAAAACUGUGGCACCAAACACCUUGACUUUUUUCUCUACUUUGCCAGCUUCAAUGCAUAAAAAUGUUCAAACAACAUGUACAAAGCACAUAUGCAGAGAGCCAGUGUUUAACUUUCAAAUCAAGAUCACAACAAUUAGAAAACUGAACUUGAAUGUGUUAAACCUAGAAGAAUGUUUGGCUGAACCUAUUUUUCACAGUUUUUUCCUCUCCUGAGGUUUUGCAGUUCCUGCUGUUCCAUAGAGAUGUAGCCAUUGUUAUUUGAUCUUUGCUGAACUAAUACUAUGGCUCCAACCCCAAGAGUAGGUAAAGGGAACGGUAAUUGGAAUUUGGUAGUUUGUUGAGUGACGCUGCUAUUGUGUGCUGGCUUCAUGGAGCAGUAGAAAUGCAGGAAAAACGCAGGAUUCACGUGUAAAUGAGGCUUUUUCAAAAAUUUGUCAGCCAUUUUUUUUCUUCAUUUCUGUUUUUUGUGAGAUGUUUUAUCAAAGAUAGUUUAAUAAUGCUGUCUGCUUAUGUUAAAAAUACUAGGAAUUCUAUAAGAAAUACUAUAAAUGCAGAAUAAACUUACAUUAAAUGGUUACAUGGAAUCUUGGCACACAGAUUUUACAAGAGAUCACACAUUUUCAGAAUAAAUCAGAAGUCAUUCAUUUAUUGUUAAUUUGUGAUGUGUAUAGUGUAUCUGAACUCAUUUUUACUGUAUCAAUCUCCAGUGUUCACAAUAAAUAAUCAAUCAAUAGUGAA